ACAAGUAGAAGCGAAAAAAUCUCAGAUGGAAAGAUUGGCAAAAGCUUUCCGCACAAGCAGAAGGUCCAAGAAACUGAACUAUGUCGAAUGACAAACUAAACGAGGCAGUUCUCAACGAUCGAACGGACAAAGAUUUAAGAAGUCCGAUAUCAGUUAACGAGACAGACAAAACAAAGCAAGCAAAGGUGACCAGCGAUAUUAUCAAAGCAUCCAACGAAACACAAGAUGCCUCAUUACGAAAGGUGACAAUGCUAGACAUUAUAGACUAUUACAAUUAAACGACGAUCCUUUGUACACAAUUCGAAUGCCAAACAACAACAAUCACACAUCAAAUUGUUCCACUCUUUUGUAGGAAAUCUCGGAUAGAUGUUCAACUCUCGUGACGAGCCAUGACCAAGGGCAGCAAGUUAACGACGUAGCGAAAUUGCCAGCCAUUGCAGUUCUUUAUGAAAUCCUAAAACAACUUUCAAGUAAGUGGGAAAAGAGUACAUAUUGUAGUGAAAUAUAAU